GUUCUGCUUCCAAAGAAGCACUUGUCACAACAUGGGUUGCAGCACUUCCAGCAGGGCAACUGUCAAGGAACCAUCAUCCAAUAAUCCGCAUCAGAGCAGAGAAGUCAAAAAGCAGGUAAUAUGUUGCUUAGAUUUCUCUACUUCUACAAAUGGUUACUUUCCAAGAUCAGUGUUGCCACGCUUUGCUUCCUUUAGAUGGGAGAUCACUAGAGAAUGGUGGUAUCCCUACAAUGUCUGCCUUAUUUACACAUACAGUGUAGCACAAUGGAAGCAAAUAGACUCCUGUAGGAGGCAGCAAAAUCUCAAGGACCACCUCUACCCACAUGAACAAGUCCAGGCCCUGCCUUCAGUCUUCGUCAGAGGCCCUUUCCCACAUGCCUCAUCUGACGUGCAGAGGUGGCAACAUGAAAAUGGGCUUUUACAAUGGUGCCCCUCCCCCAUUUAUCCCUUUACUGUGCCACUCAUCUUUUUAGUGGGGUUGGGUAGGAUUUGUCCUUUUUGUUGCAUUGCUAGAUGAGCACUUUAGGAAAUUUUGGUGUUGUACUUGAUUCUUUUCUUCGGCUUUUAAAUUGAUGCUACCUGUCUGUGGUAUAUCUUGUUAAGUCACACAAUUGCUUUAUACAUUAAAUGUCUCAAACAAUGAUAGUAAACAAACACCCCUCCUGCAUCAGCAGUAGAAGAGAGAUUGGUUUGCCUCUAUUUUCUCUCACGGCGCAGGCUGAAGCCCAGACUGCCACAAUUACAGCAUUGAUCAACACUGAAUUAAAAUGGAUUUACCCAACACAGCUGAUUUGAAUCACCUGUGCCGAAAAUGUAUAGAACACAAUGCAGGUGCUACAGGAAAUUAUGUUUAACGUAAGAACAUGAGAAGUGCUCCACUGGAACAGACCAAAGGCCUGUCUAUUCUAGGAUCCAGUUUCCCCCAGUGACCAAACAGAUGCUAUGGGAAGCACAAAUGCAGGAUGUAAAAGGGAUAAACGUUUCUAGUUAAUGUAACAAAAACCGAUUUUGGAGAAAUGAACCCUGUAACCAUGAUCAUGGUUGCUUUCAUGUGUUAGGCAUGGUGAUCCAUUUUUCUAGCCUCCUUUACUUCCAGUAUUUUCCUGCGCACCCCCCCAACUUGGUCUUUUCUUAUUUUUUCUACUGUGAGGGGAGUGUGGGGACAGAGGAAUGGACUGUUAUGCAGCGUUGCAUGUAAUCACUGUACAAAUUUGUGCAGUUCUCUGCAAAAAAAUAUUAGGUAGCAGUGCAGCAAUGGCAAGACUAAAGAGCAAAACCUAUGUCAAUAGGAGCUGGGUUUGCCUGUGUGGCUUGGAAGAAUCUACUGCUGCAUCAGCACAUAUAAUUUAGCUGCAAUAUAUGGUCAGAGACAAUGCUCUGCUGUCCAGUGAAAUGCACAUUUGCAGUGCAAGCAAACCAAGGGUGACAAGAUGCAAAGCAGGCCAGGAUUAGUGAAUGGGGGCUGCAGUGAAACAGCCAAGUUUACAACAACCUUGAUUACUUUUACAACUAUCACCACUGUCAUACCAGGGCAGGGGGCGCUAAUCUUCCUCAGCCCUUCCCUCCCUCUGUGGCAAGCUUCAGGAGAACAGAAUAGACUUAAACAAUUGUGCAAAGAACACCAGUAAACUCAACAACUGGAGUUUGUUCUAUGCUGUAUAAAUUUUGUGAAGAUAAAUGCUAAUAUCAAUUUUUCCCCAGGCUGAAAAUGAUCCACUUACUGGAACAGUUAACACUGUCUCCCAAGGUGGGUCAGUUGCUGAAGAUUAUUCCAGUGAAGGAAGGCUGCCAGACAGCGGUACAGGAAAGCUACCACCACCUAAUGAACAAAAUACAGGUGUGAAUUACUAGCAUCUGAGUAACACAAAGCAGUGUUUUGUGUUUGAUAGCAGGUAGAGAAUGGCUAAAAGCCACAGGGCCUAGCGCUUGCCGAUCAGAAGGUCAGCGGUUCGAAUCCCCAUGAUGGGGUGAGCUCCUGUUGCUUGGUCCCUACUCCUGUCAACCUAGCAGUUCGAAAGCACACCAAAAAGUACAAGUAGAUAAAUAGGUACUGCUCCGGCGGGAAGGUAAACGGAGUUUCCGUACGCUGCUCUGGUUCGCCAGAAGCAGCUUAGUCAUGCUGGCCACAUGACCCAGAAGCUGUCUACAGACAAACACCGGCUUCCUCAGACGGUAAAGCGAGAUGAGUGCCGCAACCCCAGAGUCAUCUGCGACUGGACUCAACGGUCAGGGGUCCCUUUAACUUUACCUUUAUGUUCAGUGUACAUUUGCAUUGUGUCCACUGAUUUUUUUAAAAGGCCAGUUCUUGCCUAGAUGUUUCAUCUGUUUAUUUUCUUUCCGGUUUACUUCUUCUUGCUCGCACUCUUCAUGCAUAUACAGUGGUACCUUGUCUAGCGUCCGCCUUGUUGAGCGCCCGUUCCGUUGAACGUCCGCGGCAAACCCGGAAGUACCGGAACGGGUUACUUCUGGGUGCGCCGCUCGUGCAUGUGCAGAAGCGCUAAAUCAUGCUUUGCACAUGCGCAGAAGCACAAACCGCUCCGUGCGCAGAUGCGGUGCUUUGUCUAGUGUCCUUUUCAGCCAGCCAGAACGGAUCCCAGUCGCAAAACAAGGUACUACUGUACAGCCCACAGUAGCAAGGAGCUGCUCAUGGAUAUGAAUAGGAACACUGGAAGCUGCCUUCUACCAAUUCAGACCAUUGGUCUAGACUCUAUCUAGCUUAGUACUGUCAACACUAAUUGGCUGUGGCUCUCCCCAGGGUCAGACCAAGAAACUGUGCUGCCCGAGACAAAGGACAAGAUGGUGCCUCUUUCCCAUUUUUAUGUAUAGAAACCAACAUGAUAGUGUCUUUCGCCACACCAGAGGCCCCAGGAAAGUCCAUGUGGCAACAGAGGGGAAUGGCUGAGGGACUUGGGAAGAACUGUAAAGGACUGCUGCAACUACCCAACAGCCUUCUGAAGUGCUUUCCUCAUUCUGCCCAAUGGUAGGGCCAGUCCUGAGCUCCCCAGGGUUUUAGUGUGGAGUCUUUCCCAGCCUUACUUGGAGAAACCAUGGUUUGAACUUGGGACCUUUUGCAUGAAAGCAUGUGUUCCUAUUCCAGCAUGCUUAUUGAAGUGACCACUGGAAACAAUUGGGAGUGCCUAGCUAUCAGUAUUGCUGAGAUGAACUGUUUGUGUAUAAACUGAAAAAUUCAGAAAGAUGUGCACUAGAGUGCACAGGAACAAUGGUGCGGCGGGACUGAAAAGAAAUCAGACAAGGAACCACUGAUGUGGGCACUAGUUGAAAUAUGCAGCAGGCCCAACGCAUUCCCAUUUGAACCAAGGUCUAUGGCAUGACAUCAUAUCCUGAGAUGUUUUGCCGUACAAAUCAUGCUGAUUGGAAUGGGACCCAGGACAGUGACUUAGGAUAACAAUUAUGUUCAUAAUCAUGUCUUGUCUGCAGAACCUAAUAGGCAUCUGACUGACCAAUGUGAGAACAGGAUGCUAGAUUAGGUCUGCUGAUCUGACUCAGCAGAGAGAGCUCUUCUUGUGUUCAGAUAUAACAGGGGGUACUAGAAGCAGGAAAAUGGAGGCUGAUUCAAAGUAUGGCAGAUUUUCCUCUUGCUUAAAUUUAAUAGAAGCCCAUUUCAAAGGAAGCCAAGAUAAACUAUAAAUAGUUUAAGAGGAUCUAUAGAUAGAAUAUGAGUCCACAGAAAUUGAAUACCAUGUGCAGGCUAAAUAUUUUUGGCUGGUUGAAGAUGGUGUGAAUGAUGCUGACUUUUUACUGUUAUAACAGAGUUGCUCUAAAGUUUCUAGAUACAUGCAGUUCCCACUUCACUAUGCGAAAAUUCACUUAUCUGCAAUGAGAAAUUAGUACUCAAAACUCACCAUACAUACCAUAGAUUCAGCUAUCUGAACAGAGAGCAUUUUUUACUUUCUCGUUUGCCUUUCACUGGUUGGUAGUGAGGGCAGGAAUGGAGGAGGGAAAUGAUUAGACAAAUCAGAGAGCAUUUUUUCCUGAAUUUUCCCAGGAGUAUUUUGGCUUUUGAGGGUCAACAGUCCAUGGUUGGGAGCGCAUUUGAAAUUUUCCCAUGCGAAUCAAUGAAAUUGUCAACUCAUUAUACGAACACUCACCUAAUGAACGAUUUCCAGAGAAGAUACUGCGUUCAGUAUUUUGCUUUAGCAGAUUUAGGUUAUAGUGCACAAUUCUCCCCUCCCCCAAUUUGACUCCCCUGUUCUUCAUAUUAUGGACCUUAUGAAACAAAAAUAUGAAUUAAUUCAGAGGACUGAAACUUAACGACGACGUUUAAAGAAAUGCCCUUGUGUUGAUUUUUAUUAUGCUUCUAAAAAUAAAAAACCUAAUUUAAAAAACUGCCGUCAUAUCAAAAAAAUAAUAAUUUAACAUUUAUGUUUGUGAAGACAUACAUAGAGGUGGACUUUCCAAGAAACCAGUGAGCUUAACAGAAAGAGAAAGACAGACAUCAUCAGACAUAUUGGAGGAGCUUCGGGUGCAAGGAAUAAUCAAGACCUCAAGUGCAAACUCUAACAACAGAGCAGCAGAUGAUGCCACAGUAAGUAAAUGUCAAAACUAACAGAAAUACACUUUCCAGUCUGAGCUGAUAUUUCUGCAGUGAACUAUGGGUUACUCCUGCAAUGGCUCUUUCUUGUGGAAUUGAGAAUUGAUUUAAUUAAGCUGUUUAAGUAAUGAAUGAGAAAUAUUAUAUUAUAUUAUUAUAUUGUAUUGUAUUAGUAAACAUCCCUGUGACUAUCUCUGGUGAAGGUUGGUAUAAAAAAUCUCUACAUAAAUAAAUACAUUUGUUAUAUUUAUUUCAAUCAAUUUAUUUCUGAAGGUCUCCUAAUCUUCGCUGCCCCUUAUAUCUAAAACUCCUUCCCAAAACACCCUCAAACGGGGCUUCUUGUAAUGAUUAGUCAGUUUUUUCUUUUCAAAAAAUGAACUCAAAGUGACUUGCAAAAGACACAAGAUGAGAAAAUAAAUAUAAAACAAGAAUUAAAGCAACCUAAAAUACAACAAAUAUACAAAUCCAACUCAACCCCAUGCCACUAAAAUAUGCAGAGAACUAAAUUCUAGAAACUUGAGUGAAUAAAAAUGUUUUUACCUGGCACCUAAAAACAGAUAGUGAACGCACCAGGUGUGCCUCUCUGAGGAGAGCAUUCCACAACCAGGGAGCCACCACUGAGAAGGCUUGUUCUCAUGUUGCCACCCUCUGCACCUCCCUUGAAGAGGGCACACAGUGAGGGACCUAAGAUGAAGAAUGCAGGGUCCAGUUGGUUCAUGUGAGGAAACAUGGCACUUGAGGUAUUAGGGUAUUUUUUUCUGUUUGGCAUUUUAAUCCAAAUUAGCUUUCAUUGACAAAAGAAACACUCUGUAUAAAGUUGACAUGAACUGAAAAAAUGCAGGAGAUGGAAUAGAAGAUUCAAAAAUAGUAGCAAACAAGUUAAAUCCUAACAUUGGAGAUAACAUUAGCAGGACUCUGAGAACUAUAUGUACAAAAGUAACCUAAACACAACUAAGUAACUAUGCAUGACUACUCUGAAGUAUAUUGUAAUGUGUUAAAAUAGAUUUUCAUUAUUUCUCUUUCUAUUUGUUUCUUUUCAACAUUAUUUCAAAUACUGUGAUUUAAUUUAUUCACAUGCAUGCACAGAGUAGAAUAAGGUAAUUCCCCUUUGAAAAACAAGACUUCCUUCACGGACAUAUAUAAAAUUUUACUAUUUCUACAGUUGAUAGAUACAGGAAAUCCACCAAAGAAACCACCAGCCAAACUGGAAAAGCUCGAAAUCAAAAGGAAGCACAUAAUUUAACAAUAGAGGACUCUGAAAACAAGCCAUGUGUUGAAAAGAGAAGAAUCCACUAAUCUGACUACAUCAUUCUAGUAUCUGAAUACCUAACGAUCAAUAAUGUAUGUAACAUCACAACGUAUCUUUGAAUUAGGAAAGCUUCUGUUCCCCAUGUUACUACUGAACUUGGCUCUUACUGGACGAGGUGUUUCUAAACAAGUUUACUGACAGAGGCUAAAACAAAUCUGAAAUUUUCUGCCUUCCUGCCUUCCCUCCAUCUUAUGAUCUGAUUAAAUUCAACAUGCAUCCAGUGAAACAGACUAGUCCCAAACUGUAGUGCCACAAUAAGUGUUAGGUCAUUAAGGUGCCACAAGGCUUUUUGUUGUUCCUGCUUCAGCAUGCAAUGUACAGUCAUAACUUGGUUUUUGAACAGCUUAAUUCACAAACAACUUGGAACUCGAACGUCGCAAACCCGGAAGUAGGUGUUCCGGUUUGCGAACUUUGCCUCAGAAGCCAAAUAAGCAGCGCAACUUCUGCAGCUUCUGAUUGGCUGCAGGACGCUUCUACACACAUUCUGUUCAAAAACCAAAGUACAACUGCACUGAUAGAGCUGUAACUCUGACAGGAAGGUCAACAGCUUCUAACAACAGUAUUACUCAGAUAGUCUUAACACGGGUAAAACUCAUGCAUGGGGCUGGGGAAAUCAAUAUUGCUGUGGUUGACCAUGACCUUCACAUAUUCAAAGUGGGUUUUUUUCAUGCUGAGCAUGCAUGCAUACAAGUUCUAUGCACAUAGGCUGUCUCCAUGCACCCUUCAAAAUAAAGAGUACCAGAUUAUACAUCCAGGGCCUAUGCACCUAUAAACAGUGUUUGAAACUCCCAUUGUUCUAGGCACGUUUUGUGACAAGGAAUUUCAUUAAAGCAAGCAGUUUCUGAGCUCUAGGCACAGUACUGAGCCUAAGAUUUCAGAUUAAAAUUGCCACUGCUGUAAGAAAAGGACGACCUUUUUCUGCCUCCCUACUUCCAGCCACUCUGAUGACUGGAAAAGGGACCCUCAUAAGACUAUUAGGGGAGCGGGCACAGGAAGUAAGGCUUUGUUUUUGCAGUCUUCAGAUGAGGACUGGACCAUGUGAAAAAUGAACAUAAUAUUUUAGCUGCAGUUCAUUCAUUUUCUGUUUUGCAUUCUUGUUAUAAAAAAGUGUGCCUAGUAGACACUUCUUUGUGGCGCCCAUAACCAAGGUUUAAGGUACCAUUUACCUCCUAGCUUUCAUAUCUCUGUUUCUAUGCCUGCAAGCUCUGUGCUAAAAGCAACGUUUAGCACAUUGAGGUAAGGGCGGGGCCUACCUUGCAAUAGCCAUCUCUCCCCUCCACAUAUUAAUUAUAUUCACAUUAAGAAUUUGUUUGUGGUGCUAGCCUAUGCGUAUGCAUGUCUCUACAAAUGUUGUAUCCCUACCCCAUUUAAAGAGGCAUCUCUUUUCAGACUAGAGAACAGCAACUGAAAAAGGAAUUGCUGACUGACAGACCAUCACCACUAACCUCCCAUGAAAGCAGAACUACAGGGAGUGACAUAGACUGUUCAGUUUCUGAAGCUGAAAAAACUUCUAAUACUUUUCAGUUGCUUUCCUUAAAUCUGGGUUCAGGAAGCUGGAUAGAAAAAGAAGAUUGGGAUGAUAAUGUAAAUGUCAAUUUUGAAGGUUUUAGUAUGGUGGAGUCAGAUGUCACUUAUAAUAUGGUAAAUGAAGCAUUUUAAACAGUACAAUUUAUUUCAAAGAUAUUUGAGCUAUG